AUGCUGUGGGAGCGUCUAAAAUUAAUUCCAUACAGAAUUGAUCACUCAUGGCAGGACAUCUGCACACUCGCUUUGACCAGUAUCUAUUCUCUAUACACCCAGAUAGCAAAGGAUGGUUACAAGAUUGUUGAAUUUGGGCCUGGUAGCUGUGGGAUUGACGGAAGAAUAUUGGAUCCUAUUUUGCCGCGACUCAAACACUGA